AAGUGGAUGAGGCACCAUCGUCCGGUCGCAAAAGGGCCGCCAUAAAUAAUCACCGACGCACCGGCAAACUGUGACGUAAAAGUAGAAGUGCUAGUAUUGUGAUGCCUACGCGGCAUGUCAGCGACUAAUUUAUGUGACUGACCAAAUCUCUUUUACCUAAGCUGUGUUCUGGUGCGAUGGUUCGUACGCUAUCAUGUAUAAUUAGUAGUGAUAAUGGAUCCUUUAAGUCCAUGGAAGCUGCACAUUGCAGGGGUUGCUUUCACAGUCGCACAUGGAAAUGACGAAAAAUGGGAGCAGUAUUGUCUUGCUGGGCUGAGCCACCACGUCAUCGGCCCCAGUGCCAGAUGGAUCCAUUCCACUCGUAACCGGCUUGGCUCUGGAAACAAGCUCCAAGAAAGGGCGGGAACCCGGCAAAGAACUUGCAUAGGGCUGAUUUGCAUCUGAUGUAAGAAAGAGUCGAGUUCCUCGGAGAAUAUUGGUGCAGGUCAGUGCAUAUGUUGUGUAUGUACAGU